AAUGUCCUAUAUGUCCCGCGUGCUUCUAAUAAUCUCAUAUCAAUCAGUAAACUUGAUAGAGAAGGAGGAGGCGCGCAAAUGAAAGAUAGUUCAGUCACUCUUCAUAUUAGAGGGGGACAAACUAUUGUGAAAGGAAAAUUGAUUAACAGAUUGUACAAGUUAGAUACACGAACUCAACUAUAUCCAAAGACUUGUGUACAAACUGUACAAGAAAAUCUGGAAAAAUAUUGGCUAUUGUGGCAU